GAGGUGAAAGAGGCUGCGAUCCCGUCAUCGGACUCGUCAUCGAAAAAGAGGAGGAAGAAAAAUGGAUCGAAGCCGACCCCAAUCCGUUGGCGUCGUCUCCUCCUCCCACCGCCACCGCCAACUCUCUGCAACUACUAGCCGUUUAGGAGCACCCAAUUCAAAUUCUCCCGCAUGGGCGCUUUGGCGCCAAGUCUAGCUCUCUGUCCCCCCGCCAUCCGACUCCGCCCGUCCAUAUCCGUGCCCUCCAUUCUCAGAACGAGGAGAGCCGAAGGGUUUGUGGGGAAGGGCCUCAGGGCUUGGAGAAGAAGGCAUACUCCCAUGAGAUCGUCUGCCGAAGCGUUCGGAGACGCCGCUGCUGCUUCCGGAGGAAAAGGGGUAGAUCUCUCGCGGAUGCUUGCCACUUCUAAUGGUGGUCGUCAGAUAGUUCUGGCGUCCGCCGUGACGGUGACCUUAGCGGUGGCGAAUCGCGUGUUGUACAAGCUGGCCCUUGUUCCCAUGCAGAAGUAUCCGUUUUUUAUGGCGCAGAUGACCACUUUUGGGUAUGUUGGGAUCUACUUUUCUAUUCUUUACAUUCGGCAUCGUCUUGGCAUUGUUACAAAGGAAAUGCUUACUCUUCCUAAAUAUCGUUUUAUGGUAAUUGGUUUCCUUGAAGCCCUUGGAGUUGCGGCAGGAAUGUCUGCUGGAGCCAUGCUUCCUGGGCCAGCUAUACCCAUAUUGUCACAGACAUUCCUCGUGUGGCAGCUAUGCUUUUCUUUCUUGAUUUUGGGAAGAAGAUACGCUUUUAACCAAAUACUUGGUUGCUUUCUUGUGGCUGCUGGAGUGGUUAUAGCCGUGGCAAGUGGAGCAAAUGAUGGACAGUUGCUGUCUCAAAUAAAGGUUAUAUGGCCAGCGUUGAUGGUAGCUUCAUCUGCAGUUCAAGCAGGUGCAUCAAUUCUCAAGGAGUUUGUUUUUAUUGAUGCUGCAAAGAGGCUUAAGGGAGGACCUCUUGACAUUUUUGUUGUCAAUUCUUUCGGGUCUGGGUUCCAGGCACUUUUUGUGUUUUUUCUUCUUCCCUUCCUGUCAAACCUGAGGGGAAUUUCGUUUGCUGAGCUUCCUGCAUAUCUGCAAAGUGGUGCUGCGUGCUUUAUCAAUGCAGAUGCAAACAUCUCAGGUUGUGACGGAGCUCCCUUGCUUCCCAUCCUUUUCAUGUCUGUGAACAUUGCUUUCAAUAUUUCCUUGCUUAAUCUCUUGAAGACAACUUCUGCUCUUGUUGCUUCACUUUCAAUAACUCUAUCAGUGCCACUUUCUAUUUACAUUCUAUCACUUCCUUUGCCUUGGAUCCCUGAAGGAGCGAGGCUGACCCCCUUUUUUGCUAUUGGAACGAUCAUACUCGUAUCAGGCUUGUUGCUGUACAAUCUUCCAAAACCCAAGGAGAACAAGGUUGACUAACAUCAAAUUAAUUCACCAAUUUUGAAAUUUUUGUUGUUAUUGUAUUCUGCUCAUAAUUGAAGACUGAUCUCUUUGUGAAAAUAAAGAUAUAUGUGGCAAUAACAUGUGGAAAGGCAAAGUUGCCAAUUAACAUGAA